AUGUUACCCAAUUUUCAAUAUGUGUCGGUUUAUAUUCUCGAUACUAUUAUGCUACAAGUGAUACAGUUACUGCUGAAAGAAAAUGCAAGAGCUUUGCUAUGCUUAUAUGAGGCAUCACAUUUAAGGGUUCAAGGGGAAGAUAUAUUGGAAGAAGCAUUGAAAUUUACAAGCAAGCACUUGAGGUCUAUGUUAGCCCAUCUAAACUCUCCUCUCUCUGAGGAAGUUACGCACUCGCUAGAAGUACCUCUCCACAAAGGAAUGCCCAGAUUAGAGGCCAGGCACUACAUCAAUGUCUACCAAGCUGAUUUAGCAAGAAAUUCUGCUUUGUUGGAGCUAGCAAAGCUGGAUUUCAAUCUUUUACAAAGGUUGCACCAGAGAGAAAUAAGUGACAUCACAAGGUGGUGGAAAGAGAAAGAGAUUGCAACAAAGUUACCUUUCGCAAGGGAUAGAUUGGUGGAGUGCUACUUCUGGAUAUUAGGGGUUUAUUUUGAGCCCAAGUACUCUGUUGUUAGAAGCUUUAUGACUAAAAUAAUAGCAUUAGCUUCUGUCAUAGAUGACAUUUAUGAUGUGUAUGGUACCCCUGAAGAACUUCAGUUAUUUACAGAUGCAAUAGAAAGGUGGGAAGAAGCAGCUAUCAGUGAUUUACCUGAAUACAUGCAAGUUUGCUUCGAGGCACUCUCAGAUGUCAUGAAGGAAAUGGAGGACAAGAUAAUGACCCACGAGGGGAGAUCCUACCACAUAUACUAUGCAAAAGAAGCAAUGAAAGGUCUAGUUAGAGCCUACUUUGCGGAAGCAAACUGGUUUAACACCAAGUAUAUGCCUACAUUUGAGGAGUACUUGAGCAUUUCUGUGAUGAGCAGUGGUUAUCCUAUGCUGGCUGUUCAAUCCCUUGUUGGCAUUGGAAAGAUUGCAACUAAGGAAGCCUUUGAUUGGGUGCACUGCUGGAAAAAUGAUUUUUAG